AUGAGCCACUUCCGCUCGGAGUUCGCCUCGGACUUCAUCUGUUGCUUCGUCGACGACGAGGACGAGCGCCGCGACCCGCUCCUCUCCCUCGACUUCAGCGGCCUCUCCGUUCUUGACGCGCUUCGCCUCUUUCUCGGCGCUGCGCGGCAGGCGGGAGGAGGCGCAGACACAGACGCCUUUGCCGAGCGGUACUGCCUCUUCUACGAGGGCGUGCAGUCGCACACGUCGAUGCGCGCUGCUUGUCGCGCGCUGGUGCGCAGCUACCUGCUCCUCGACACCGCUCUCCACCGCGGCGACGCCAAGGUGCCGAUGAGCGAGACGGCCUUCCUGUCCGAGGCCUGCCGGCUCGGGCGCGAGGGCGGGGCGGAGCUGCCGCCACGGCUGCUGGCCGAGGCGUACCGCUCGAUCCUCGCGAUCCCGCUCCCCGAGGCGCCCGCGCCGCUCCCGCGUCCCAAGGCUGCAGGCUGCGGCGGGUUUGGCCGCCCGGUCUGCGCCGGGCUCUGCUGCUACUUUUGCUGCUCGGACAAGGGCGGCGGGGGCGGAGAGGGCGGGACGGCGCCGCUGCGCGCGGUGCCCGCCUCGAUGGAGCGCCACCUCGACCCGAUCGACGUCGAUCCGAUGGAGUGCGACCUUCCCGUCGUCGGCUUCCGGCAGCUGUCGCUCUGCAAGGAGCUGGACGAGACACUCUCGCAGGGGGAGGCGUGCAGCGGAGAGGCGUACACGGGAGAGGCGUGCCCGCUGGGCAACGCGGGGCGGCUCUCGCUCGGCGGGAAGGUGCACGCCCUCUUCGACGCCCACCGCCCGCCCGGAGCCGGCUCCCCCUUUUCCGCCAUCGACCUGCCGCCCGCUGCGGACGGCUCUCCCCUCUUUGACGACGAGGUCUGCGGCAUGGCCGUCGACGAGCCGGGCGGCGGCGGCGGAGGGGGCGGCGUCGGCGGCGGCGGCGGCGGCGGAGGAGGAGGAGGAGGAGGAGGAGGAGGAGGAGGAGCGGCGGCGCGCAAGCCUCGCGCUCCGAUAGAGCGGUGGAGCGAGGCUGAGGAUGCGAGCAUUCGCGCCGGCGUGGCUGCGCACGGUCCAAAGUGGAAGCAGAUCGCCGACGUGCUGCCGGGCCGGAGCGACGACGCGGUGCGCAACCGGUGGAAGUCGCCUCUCGCAAAAGGAGCACUCGGCCGCCCCGGCGGCAUACGGCGCGACUGCGCAGCACCCACCCUCCUCCUCCUCCUCCUCCUCCUCCUCCGCCUCCGCCUCCGCCUCCGCCUCCGCCUCCUCCUCCGCCUCCGGCUCGCCGUCAAAAGUCGUGCGCAGCGCGGAGCGGGCGGUGAAGCAGGCAGCGCAGGCUGUGCGGCUCGCGUCGCGGGAGAUGCCGGGAGAUCGGCGCGAGAUGUCGGGAGAUCGGCGCGAGAUGUCGGGAGACGCCCUUCCCGCCGCCACCCCCGUCGUCGCGAGCGUCGCGCUGUCGCCGAUCGCGCCGACGCGAACGCCGGCGCCGACGCCGCGCCGGCGCUCGCGCGCGCUCAAGGCGCUGUCCGACCACAACCCGCGCGGGCUGCACGAGACGGCCCCGCUGCCGCCGGCCGCCUCGUCGGCGCGGCCGCGGCGGAGGGAGUCGUCGGCGGGCGUGCACGUCUACCGCUCGGCGGCCGCGCCGGCGGCGUACGUGCCGAUGGAGCGGUGAGCUGGCGGCGCGUGGCCCUGGCCUUGUGUGUGGUGUGGAGAGGUAAGGGAGCGUGUUGGAGUCCUACACAGCAUGAGAGGGGCUACUUCAACUUGUCGUCAUCUGUUUUGUGUGUGUAUAGACUCUCAUCGCUGUAG